AUGUUGCGCCUACUAAUAAUAGGUCUGAUCAGCUCGCUGCUGAUUUGCCUACAAAUCGAUGCCUGCACGGAACGUAUACCAACAAUGAAAAUGAAAGUGAGCCUCAUUACGAUGCGCAAACAUAAUUCAUCAAGCAACUGUACCACCGACUGUGGACAGCUGGUUGUGCGACCUAUUAAAGAGACUUAUAUGUCAAUAGAAGAUGUUUGCUGCGAAGGCUACGAACGCAAGGAGGAAAACGGCGUGUGCUUGCCGAAGUGCCAUGAUUGUGGCGUCGGCGGCAAAUGCCUCUCGCCCGAGGUGUGCCUCUGUGAUGCUGGCUAUAGCAAUCGGGAUAAUCGCAGCGUUUGCGCGCCUGUUUGCAGCGAGCCCUGCGUCAAUGGCAAUUGCAUUGCUCCGGAUGUUUGCCAGUGCGCAAAUAACUAUCGUUUUCUUAACAAUAGUCUGUCGGUUUGCCUACCUAUUUGCAAAUCUAGCGACUGUACGAAUGGCAUUUGUCAAGAGGAUGGAUCCUGCCUCUGUCGGCGUGGCUAUCGCCGCAAUGAGACGCUGGACAAGUGCGUGCCCAACUGCCCGAAUCUGUCGGAGCACAGCGAUUGCAUAGCGCCGAAUGAGCAGCGCUGUCAUGACGGCUACGAGGGCCACUGGGACCAGGAGCAGAACUAUCGCUGCGAGCCAAUCUGCAGCAGCGGCUGUCCCAAUGGCAGGUGCUUGGAGCCCGAGCACUGCGCCUGCAACGUGGGCUUUGGCCAUGUCGGCAAUCAUAUUGAGGCGGGCUGUGAGCCGAUUUGCCAGCCGGCCUGCAUCAAUGGCACCUGUGCAGCACCGAACCACUGCCUGUGCCAGCCAGGACAUGUGCCCACGAAUGGCAGCCAACACAUUUGCACGCCCAGCUGUCGCCAGGGCUGUGAGAAUGGCGUCUGCAGUGCACCCGGCGAAUGUGCGUGCAACGAGGGCUAUAAGAAGCUAACGCCUCAUCGCUGUACGCCCAGCUGUGAGCCGCAAUGUGGCGUCAAUGCACGUUGUACGGCGCCCAACAUCUGCAGCUGUCAUGAGGGCUUCGUAAUGGCAAAUGGCAGCAGCAUUCAUUGCGAACCACAUUGCAGCAAGCAGUGUUACAACGGCAUCUGUAGCAAUCCCGAGGUGUGCAGCUGUUUGAGUGGCUACGAAGCGAUCUCGCCCUACUAUUGCGUAGCCAAAUGCAGCCACUCCUGUGUGUUCGGCACCUGUGCAGCGCCAAAUGUGUGCCGCUGCUUCAAUGGCUACCGGCCCCGCGCUCACGAUCCCUACGUCUGUGAGCCCAUCUGCAGUGAGCCGUGUAACCAUGGCCGUUGCAUUGCUCCGGAGAUAUGCGAAUGUGAGCCGGGCUAUGCGAAGCGUUGGCCCAGCGGCUCAUGUGAACCGCAUUGCACCCAGAAGUGCAUCAAUAGUCGCUGUGACGGCGGACGUUGCCGCUGCUAUGAGGGCUAUCGUCUGCGCGACGGCUCUACUUCCAUAUGCGAUCCCGUCUGCUCGCCCAGCUGCAUAAACGGCGAAUGCGUCGAGCCCAACAGCUGCAAGUGCUGGCCCGGCUACGAGGAUACCAAGCUGUUCUACGAGUGCACACCCGUCUGCCGGCCGAGCUGUCAAAACGGACGUUGCAAGGCGCCAGGUCGUUGCGUAUGCAACGAGGGCUACAUGCUCUACAAUACGAGUGCAUUGCAUCUGUGUCACGCGGCAUGCCAAGAGCGCUGCAUCAAUGCCGAAUGUCUGCGUCCAAAUGAAUGUGUUUGCAUGCCCGGCUAUAGUUUUAUAUCCAUCAGCAGCAGCGAAUGCAGCCCCGACUGCAGUGAACCCUGUGAAAAGGGAAGCUAUUGCGCGGCACCAGAAACCUGCAAGCGGCUGACAUAUCGUGCUCUGAGCUCAGAUGGAACUGGUGGCUUCUCCAAGUGGAGCAAGCUGGGCCUAACUGCACUGCUCUGUGUGCUGCUCGUUAUGCUGCCCGUGAUACUGACGCGUGAGUAUCUGCAGCGACGUCAGUCGAGGAAGGAUAAACAGCGCGUGCAUCUGAUCGAGAAUCCCAGCUAUGGUGUCUGCGUGGCGAACACUGAAGAGUUGCCUGCUGAUCAACAGAUUGAAUUGGGCGAUUAG